CAAAGCUAGUGGGGUCAACGUGUCAGAGCAUUCGGCAAGAAACCAGGAGGAACAUAUCUGUAUCUGUCUUCUCUUCAUAUCCUUCGAGUUCUUCCGGUCUGUUUCAAUGGGAUUUUUAAAAUUUUAUUAUUAUACAAAUUUAAAAAAUGUACGUCAUACAUCCCAACGAAAAGCCCUGAAAGAACAACAUGACAGCAUUACAGCAGUGAUGAGUUAGGAAUUGGGUUACAUAAAUAUUCAUUACAUGACAGGUUUUGUUUUUGACGACCGCCAGAGAAUUUUGUGGUUGAGUCGCGUUUUCGUCAUAGUGGCAAGUAUUUCGUCCUAAUGGAGUUGCCGUACAACUCGCAGCUAUCCGCAGUUUACGUCACCAAACGCCUUUCACUAAAUUGUUAUUUCUCGAAUUAGCACUGAACGAACUGAAGCCUCGACACAGUGCGCCCAUCACUACUUUACUGGAGUACAACAUAAUUUAUUCAAUUUUUGGUCGAAUUCGAAUUUUCCCAAGCGACUUUAGCUUACUUUAGCUUAGCCUAAUUUAUCUUAUUUCAGCGUCUGUUAACGACACAUCGCUACGCGGAGUGUGUGAGUGUAAAUUGUGAUUGUGCGAAAAUGUGCAAAGUGGAAAUGCUGAGAGCGUUGCUGAAUGCGCGACUAAGCGCGGCGGUUGACGAAAUAUUUGCGGUGUUUGAAAGAACGCUAGCAGAGUACGAGGAGGAACUUAGUCGGACGAAAGACGAGAACGAGCGACAACGUCGAUUACUGGACGCUGUGUUCAUGCCUCAAGAUGAAGCACGCAGACCAGAUGUCCACGAGGAAUAUCUUCAUCCUGAGGAGCAGGCACCAGAGCUACCUCUUAUUAAAGAGGAAGAGGAGCCGGAGACCUCCCACAUUAAAGAGGAAGAGGAGGAGGCUGAUAUCUUUAAGUUCCAAUUUACUGGUGUCCCCUUGAAGAUUGAAGCUGAAGGUAAAGGUCAAUGUGAGGAGUACAGAGGGGCGGAGCCUCCAAGCAGCAGCGGCUCAAGUCACCACAUGACAGCAGAAGGUGAUGGAGACCACUGUGGAGGAUCACAAGCAGACGCACUCUUAGCUCCACUGUCAGAUAGUGACGACAUAACGUCACACUCCCCUGACACUGAUGAUGAACACUCAAAAGAUGAGAGGAUACGUCACACUUACAACAAACGUGUAAAAUGUUCUCAGUGUGACAAUACUUUUUUCAACAAGUCAUCGUUGAAAAGACACAUGACUACACACACCGGCGUGAAACCUUUUACCUGUUCAGUUUGCGGUAAAAAAUUCCGGAUAAAGGGAGAUUUAAAAAUUCACACAAGAAUACACACUGGAGAGAAACCUUUUGCCUGUUCAAUUUGUGAUAAAGGGUUCACACAGAAGGGACAUUUAAGAUCACACAUAAGAACACAUACUGGAGAGAAACCUUUUGCCUGUUCAUUCUGCAACUUAAGUUUCAGUCAACGUUCAUCAUUGGUCCCACACAUGAGAACACACACUGGGGAAAAACCUUAUUCCUGCUCAAUUUGUGGUAAAAGUUUCUCUCUACAUGUCAAUUUGGUAAGACACAGAAGAACACACACUGGUGAGAAAGCAUUUAGUUGCAAUGUGUGUGAUGAACAAUUCUCUAACGAGUCGGAGCUGGACAAACACACGUGCUGAUGACUCGUGCAGCGGUCAAUGAAGCUGCAGAACUUUAAGUACACUACGAAGAAAGUUCAUGACUAUCUAACAAGUUCAGAAAGUUUGAUUAGAUGUGGUAAGAUGGAAAAGUAGAUAUGUGUUCCAGAAUCAAAAUCAUCAAAUUCUAAAACUGAUUAAUUCAUCACAAAGCCUCUCAUUUGACUUAGUUUUAAUUGAAUCUCAUCAAUAAUUGUUACUCUUUCAAAUGUACCACUUUUAGAACAAUGUUGGUAAUGUUAUAAUCUAAUAAUCAGGAUGUAAAGGAGACUAUACAACCGCCCCUAAAUGUUUUGUAACAAGAAAAUACAGUCAUUAAAAUCUCUCAACUAUAUUUUGUGUUGCACACCACGUGAAAGAACCAGAUCACACACAUGCAGGCAUGCAAGUCGAGAUGUCAGAGCGAAGGGGGUGUGCAUACAGUGCUGCACAUCUUGAGUUGGGGGAGGGACGAAAGCAGAUGAGUAUUUCUCCCACAACUAAUUGCAUUUUGGGAUUUUCCCCUGCAGUGGGACUUGAAAACCUGUCCUGCACCUUUCACCUUUUGCACCCCAUAAUGCGGCAGAUUUUGAAGUUAACAUUUUUUGAAUGGGUUUUUACAGUAAGCCUUGAUGUAUGCAGUCCAGGCAAGUGUGAAUUCUAUCAUGUAAGUUUCAUGUUCUGACACAUCAUGUGGGGCAGCACUGAGCUCUACUUGAUGGAAAUGUGGCAUUAUUGAGAAGAAGCAUUGAAUUACUCCUACUAUGCAGAGAAAACAUAUGCCUGGAAGUAAUGUUUGUUUUGGAUGAACAUAUAGGUGUUUAAAUAUACAAUGUAUAAUUCUUUUUUGUUGUAUGUGAUACUGGUCUGUGUGUGUUAAGUUGCAGUUUGAAGGUUUAUAAUUUCCGUAACAUGAAUGCAAAUUUCUGUUAGUCCGUCUAUGACGUUUCAUAUGUUAGCAUUUAGCAAGCGGACUUCCGUCAUACAAAAUUACAUGGUUUGGUUGAACGUUUUGCUACUUAAAUAUAUAAAGUGUAAUUCUCUUGUUUUAUGUGUCAGUUUUACAGUAAGUUCAAGCGGGAGUAACAAAUAAACAGCUUG